AGGGAAGAAAGAAGACAACACACAAUGGCAGCACAUGCACUGAGGCUCUUUACCCCCUGUCUCUGUGGUGCUCUUCUUAUUUAGGAUUUUCAGGAUAUCUUUGGUAAUUUUCUUCAGCUGAUGCCUGGCUUCGUCACGCUCUUUGCCAACCCCAUAGAGAAGGAUUGUGCGCUGGUUACAUUCAUGACUUGAAGAUUCAUCCUGAAAAACAGAACAUGCAUUCUGAAACCCUGGUUUGCAGGGGUGGGGUUGCCUCUCACCUCUCGGAAAUGCACUAACCACAGCACCUCCAUGCUGGCUUGUGGUGGUAGAAUUCUGCCCACCUCUGAAUCCACUUCAGUCUCUACUGGCAACAUCCUUGUUUUUCCAGUUUGGAACUUGCCUAGCGUACUAACAAAAAAAUGUGUCAACUGACCUGAAGUCUUAAUAGGAGCAUUUGACGUGGGCGUACCCUACAGAAACACUCAAGACUUUACUGAUGAAAACUCAGCAAGUUCUCUAUCACAAAGAGGUUUGGCAACUAGACUAAGGCAUUUAAAGGAAAAUACCAGAUGCCACUCUGCAGUUUGCAUUAAUUCCUAUUUACUGGAUACAUUCACCCUUCAGAAUCAACAGAGUAACCAGGUAGCCACAGAGAAAUGGAAGCCCUCGGCAACCUCACCUCUGUGUCCAGGAACAGCAGCCUAUGCACCAGAGACCACAAAAUCACUCAGGUCCUCUUCCCGCUGCUCUAUACAGUCCUGUUCUUCAUUGGACUCAUCACGAACAGCCUAGCAAUGAGGAUUUUCUUUCAAAUCCACAAUAAAUCUAACUUUAUUAUCUUUCUUAAAAACACAGUCAUCUCCGAUCUUCUCAUGAUUCUGACUUUUCCAUUCAAAAUCCUCAGUGAUGCCAAACUGGGAACAGGACCGCUGAGGACCUUCGUAUGCCAAGUCACCUCCGUCAUAUUUUAUUUUACAAUGUAUAUCAGCAUCUCAUUCUUAGGGCUGAUUACCAUCGAUCGCUACCAAAAAACCACCAGGCCAUUUAAAACAUCCAACACAAAAAAUCUCCUAGGGGCCAAGAUUCUCUCUGUUGUCAUCUGGGCAUUCAUGUUCUUACUUUCUUUACCUAAUAUGAUUCUGACUAACAGGAGGCCAAGAGACAAGAAUGUACAGAAAUGUUCUUUCCUUAAAUCAGAAUUUGGCCUGGUAUGGCAUGAAAUCGUCAAUUAUAUCUGUCAAGUCAUUUUCUGGAUUAAUUUCUUAAUCGUCAUUGUAUGCUACACACUCAUUACAAAAGAACUGUAUAAGUCCUACGUCAGAACAAGGGGUGUAGGCAAAGUCCCCAGGAAAAAGGUUAAUGUCAAAGUUUUCAUCAUCAUUGCUGUGUUCUUCAUUUGUUUUGUUCCUUUCCAUUUUGCCCUCAUUCCCUACACCCUGAGCCAAACUCGGGACGUCUUUCACUGCACUGCUGAGAACACUCUCUUCUACGUGAAGGAGAGCACUCUGUGGUUAACUUCGUUAAAUGCAUGCCUGGAUCCAUUCAUCUACUUUUUCCUCUGCAAGUCCUUCAGAAAUUCCUUGAUGAGCAUGCUGAAGUGCCCCCAUUCUGCAACGUCUCCAACUCGAGAAACCAGGGGGAAAGGACAGGAGGGGAGUGACCCAAGUGAAGAGACUCCAAUGUAAAUAAAUUAACUGAGGACAUAUUUCAAGCUAUGAAUGUUUGGAAUUCCUUAAAGAAAAGCACUAUGUAAAAAUAUUAACACUGACUAAGAAGUAGCUGAGUUAAUAGCAAUGACUCCUGAAACAAGUAAUAGAAGACUACAAAGUAAUUUUAAUUUACUUUUUCAGUAUUACAGUUAUCUUAAGAUGAAAAAGAACUCUAACUUUUAGCUGUGUAGCAAAACAAACUUCAUACAUGCACCAUACUGCAUGUAAAAUGACAGAAUUCACGAUCUGUAGAAUUUUGGCAAAAUAUAUAACCAUGCAUAUAAUAACAGCUGAUAUGGCUUUUAAAUAUAUCAUUGGUCAUAACUAUAAUCAACUACAGGAGAAUGAUAAAUUUGAUUUUAUCAUCUGACAAAAAUACUAAGAUGUAUAUACAUCCUAAUAAUUCAAUCAAAUUCUAACCUAUUGUACUUAGGAAAAUUUAAGUAAGUGGGGUACAUAAAGAAUAACAACUAACUUUUUUUUUUAAUUUUAAGAGAGCUUUUUGGGCAUGUGAGCUCACUGGAGAAACAGAGAGAGGCAGAGAGACAGAAAGUGAGAAAUCACCCACCAAAGGGAAUAGCCAUGCCACAAUCC